AUGUUAGGCUCUGUGAUAUCACCGAUCAGCCUCAAUGAUAUCUAUGGCAUUCCGUCUGGAGCUGAAGCCUAUAAAAACGCGCCAUGUCACGGGUCUAAUCUAUAUGUUCAUCCUUUAGCUGUUUUUAUAUAUCGUAACAGAUACAAUUCCGGGAACACUGAAAGGCGAUUCGACGCAAAAUUGACUUCCACCCUCAAAACAACAAAAAUUAUUCCUGAUUUAUCUGAAACUGUAAAACUCCUCGGUUACGAUAUUCGUGAAGUUCGAGAUAGGGUUGCAAGUAGUAACGCGGGAUCUAGUACAUCCAAAUCACCUCAAAAUUAUACUGGCAUCAUUUCCGAUCCCCAGGAUGGCAUUGAUGCCCAGUUCAAAAAAAAGAAAACACACGAAAAGCGGUCUAAGGCAAGGGAGUUUGCUAUCAAUCAUAAAAGGGAGAUAGUAAUCUGUGAUUCCACCGUUAGAAAUUUUCAUAAAAAAUUGAAUAAAAAUCCGAAAGAAGAUACGCUGGAUUCAUCAAAAUUAGGAGUAUUAGAACAGAAGAGUGAAAUAGAUACUGAACUGAAAAGUGAGGAGAGAGAAAUAGUGAUGGCGCUGGACCUAGUGGGACGAGAGAAUAGGUGUCCACAUUAUAAUGCUUUGGGUAGUGGAUUCCCUCCCAUGCAGUCGUGCUAG